AUGACCGCCGCGCUGUGGUUAUUGCUCCUACCGCUAUCAUUAGCCAUCGAGCCAGCAAGACAACCAACACAACCAGUCGGCAAGGGCGACAAGCCGCUCUUGUUCAAUGAGACCACACCUGCCAGACUAGUGUCAUCACUCGCUUCGAUCUCGUGGAUUGCUGGCGAUGAGGACGGGAAGUACAUCACCGAGGACGACGACGGUGCGCUCGUUACACAGAGCAUCGUUACUGGCGAGAGCGAGGUGUUGGUCGCGGCUGACGCGAUUCCUGAGGACUACUGGGAGUACUGGGUGAGCCCAGAAGCUAAUCGAGUGCUCUGGUCGACGAACUACACCAAGCAAUAUCGAUACUCGUACUUUGCCGACUACUACGUCCAAGAUCUGGAGAGCGGCGACCUUACACCACUCGUGGAGGACCAAGUAGGCGACAUUCAAUACGCGGAAUUUGCGCCAUCGGGAGGCACGAUUGCUUUCGUGCGCGGCAACAACCUCUACAUCUACAACGAUACGGAGGUGACACAGAUCACAGACGAUGGAGGCCCUGAUAUGUUCCAUGCUGUCCCUGACUGGGUCUACGAGGAGGAAAUUUUUGGUGAUCGUUACACUCUAUGGUUUUCACCGGACGCACAAUUCAUGGCGUUCCUGAGCUUCAACGAGACAGGCGUCGGAACGUUCACGAUACCCUACUUUAUGGACUCAUCUGAGAUUGCGCCACAGUAUCCUCGCGAACUCGAGUUGCGGUAUCCCAAAGUUGGUACCACGAAUCCUACUGUCCAGUUCAACAUCCUUGAUUUGUCAACGAUGGAGUACUCGACUAUACCAAUCGAUGCAUUCGAGCCCAACAACACCGUCAUCGGUGAGGUCAGCUGGAUGACUGACGAUCAUUCCGCAGUCAUUUACAGAGUGUUUAAUCGUGUUCAGGAUCUCAGCAAACAUGUGGUUGUGGACCCUGUCGAAAAGACUGCAAUUGUUGUCCGAGAGCGCGAUGGCACAGAUGGCUGGCUCGACAACUUGCUCGCGAUGCAAUAUAUUGGUGCGAUUGAGGAAGACUCCAACACAACAUACUACGUCGACCUCUCUGACGAGAGCGGCUGGAACCAUAUCUACCUGUGUCCGGUCGAUAGCGACGACUGCACUCAGCUCACGGAAGGCGAGUGGGAAGUGGUCAGCGUCUACAAAGUCGACACGUCGCGAGGCCUCAUCUAUUAUUCCAGCACAGAGAUCCACCCAACAGAACGACAUCUGUAUUCUGUAUCCUUCACGGGCGAGAAGACAGCCUUGGUCGAUGAGUCUGUCCCAGCAUACUGGUCCGCCUCUUUCUCGGCAGGAGGCGAGUACUUCAUCAAAUCCUACCUUGGGCCUGAUGUUCCUUAUCAAGAGCUCUUUGCCAUCAACUCGACAACAGAGCCGCUGGACGUGAUCACUUCUAACGAAGCCCUGUACCAGAAUAUUAGUGAAUACAAUCUGCCAACGACCCAAUACUUCGAGCUCACCCAUCCGGAUGGCUACACGCUGCAAGUUAUGGAGCGGCUUCCGGUAGACUUUGACCCGUCCACGCCAUACCCCGUCAUUUUCAUUCCGUACGGUGGGCCCGGUGCUCAAGAGGUAGACAAAGCCAUGAUGCCUUUUAACUUCAGGUACUGGAUGAGCUGCGAUCCAGAGCUGUCUUUCGUCUCCUACACUGUCGACGGUCGCGGAACGGGCUACCAAGGCCGCGAAUUUCGUUCAACGGUAACCUCGCACCUGGGUCGGCUUGAGCCACUCGACCAGAUCUGGGCCGCCGAGCAGAUCCUUGCUUCCAACCGCAGCAGCUAUCUCAACGCCGACCAUGUUGGCAUGUAUGGACACAGUUUUGGUGGCUACCUCACGGCCAAGACCCUCGAACUACAGGACCCCGAGAACGGCCCUUUCACCUUCGGCAUCUCCGGCGCACCUGUCUCCGACUGGCGGUUCUAUGACACACUCUACACGGAGCGGUACAUGAAGACCCUAGACGAGAACGAAGCGGGCUACAACGAGACCGCCGUCCGCAACGCCACGGGCUUUGCUACCCUAAAAGGGAGCUACGCGAUCUCGCACGGUACAGGCGACGACAAUGUCCACUAUCAGAACACUGCCGCCUUAAUGGACUUGCUGGUGGGCAGUAGGGAGGUAGGGGCGGACAAACUGAAGAUGGUAGCGUUCACGGACUCAGACCACGCAAUCGCGUACAAUGGGGCCAAUAUUUUCUUGUCGAAGUUUUACGCUGCGUUCCUGGUGGAAGAGCUGGCAAGGACGGAUGAGGAGUUGGUGCAUCAGUGGACCAGGAGAGGAGUAGAAGGUGUGGAGGACUUUGUAGAGAGGUUAGGGAAGAGGGCAGUGGCGUGGUUCGGUUGA